AUGCUUACAGAUCAUUCCAAGGUCGCCAUUGCGCAGAUUGUCUUCUAUGUACCUGCCAUAGUAGCCGCCGCAGCCUGGAUUAUCCUCCAGGUCUUCUGCUUGAUCCGAGAGGCCUGCGCUAUUGUUACCAUACUCUACGAGAACAACCCAUCCAGCGUCGGCCUCUACAUCGCCGCGCUGAUCCUCCUCAACGCCGGACUGCUGCCGCUGAUUGCAGCGACUAUUGGUCUCCUGCGGAUAAUUAUCGGUUACGAGUUCAAAAAUAACAACAAGGGCCUUCACAUGCCCAUGAGCAUAUCUCGGUUCUUGUUCAUUGUAGGGAUUGCAUUGAUCAUCGCCGGCGGCUCCUUGGCCGGGGAUUACACGGACGCAGAUUCGGUGAAUACGGGUCGUACGCUCACCAAGGCGGGGUAUAUUGUUGUCGCAGUCUUUAUGGCUGGCUUGGUGCUUAUCCAGGGGCAUUUCUGGAGACAGUAUGACAGUCUGUCGCGGGCUAGUCGGACUGUACUCAAGGGUAUGGGUCUGGCUGUUCCAUUUAUCAUCGUGCGGAUCGCAUGGCUCUUCCUAUCGAUCUAUCAUCCUGACGAUAAGAGAUGGAGUAACCUGAGUGGAGACAUUGGAGCUUUCGUGGUCAUGACGGCGCUGAUGGAGUACAUUGUCGUGUGCAUAUACAUCGGAACAGGGUUUAUGAUUCCUGCUACUAAGGGCUUGACUCGUGCCGGCGACCAGGAGCUAGAGCAAAAUGGGCCAGCAGGUGAUGGGAGCAGCGAAUACGGGAAGCUCCAAUCUCUUGAGCGGGCGUGA